AUGGCAGCAUCAGCCCAGAAACAAAGAUAUGCUAAUAUUUCCCUUGGUUCUUCUUUAAAUAUCGGUACAAAUUCAUCAUGGUUGUCGCCUUCUAGACUUUAUGCUUAUGGAUUUUACAAGAUAACCAAUGGCUAUGUUGUUGGAAUUUUUAUUGCUGGGAUUCCAGAAAAGACUCUAGUGUGGACGGCCAACAAGGAUUAUCCAGAAGAUAGAGAUGACGUAAACAUUGUAAAUCCAGACCAGUCUAUUGCUUCAGCUUCAAUGCUUGGCAGUGGUAAUUUCGUGUUGUACAAUUCGUCUCAGAGUAUCAUGUGGCAGAGUUUUGAUCACCCAACAAACACUCUUUUGCCCGGUCAACGUCUCCUGGCUGGAGAAGAGAUCGUCUCCAGUGCUUCGGAAACGAAUCCUGCGAGAGGGAUUUUCCAUCUCGUGAUGCAAGCUGAUGGGAACCUGGUGCAAUACCCUAUGGAAAUUUUCGGACCCAAUUAUGCUUACUAUGCAUCAGGCACACGGGGAACAGGUAAUAAUGUAUCACUGAAUCGUGAUAAUAAUGGCCAUCUUUACUUGUUCAACGGAAGUGCCAUUAUAAGCAAUCUAACGAGAGGACAACAUCGAAAAAGAAUUAUCAACCUCACAAGAAUUGAUGUUGAUGGUAAUUUUCGACCAUAUUAUUGCUCGUUGGAUCCUCAAGGAAACUGGACUAAAGAAUGGUCAUCCUCGGAAGAUAAAUGCGCCCCUUUGGGUUUAUGUGGGUUGAAUGGUUAUUGUAUUCAUUUGGAUAUAGUUGCGGAGUGUGAAUGUCUUCCUCGAUUCAAUCAUGUUAAUUCAGGCAAUUGGACCACAAGAUGCGAGAGGAACUUUCUCACGGAAGGUUGUAAAGCCAAUAAUCAUAAUGUCAAUUAUGAAAUCGGCUCACUAGAUGACACGGUAUGGGAAGAUGCUAAUUAUGCUAUUUUAGGAGGACUGACAAAAGAAGAUUGUGUAAAAGCCUAUUUAGAGGACUGCAACUGCGAUGUAGCUUGUUUGCAAGAUGGAUACUGUAAAAAGCAAAGGCUUCCAUUGAUAUUUGGAAAAAUAGUGCGGAGUAAUCCAAUUGUUGCUCUUAUCAAGGUGAACACAACAGCACAAACGACUCGAGGAGUUUCGAGUGAUUUGGGCAAAGAAAUCAAGAAAGUGAUUCGUUUAGAUGUCAUAAUUAUAAGCAUUUCACUUUUUGCUUUAGCGGCCUUGAUCCUGGCAAUUUCUGGGAUUUAUGUCAAUAGAAAUCAUGUUGGGAGAUAUAAGAAGAUCUCAGAUGCCGAACUGAUUGAGGGUGUUAAUUUGAGAGCAUUCACCUAUCCAGGGCUUGUGGAAGCAACAAAUGAGUUCAAAGAAGAGCUUGGUAGAGGAGCGUCUGGCAUAGUUUACAAAGGGAUCUUAUCAGACAACAGAAGUAUUGUGGCCGUGAAGAGGCUCGACAAGGAAUUGGAAAAGGGAGAAAAGGAAUUCGAGACUGAGAUGAAGGUGAUUGGAAAAACGUAUCAUCGUAAUCUGGUCAGACUUCUUGGUUACUACCGUGAAGGAGCUAAUUGGCUUCUAGUACAUGAAUACAUGAAAAAUGGAUCACUUGCAGAUAUACUUUUCAAUCAAGAAAAUCGACUGUGUUGGGAAGAAAGAAUUCGUAUUGCUCGUGAAAUUGCAAGAGGCAUCCUCUAUUUGCAUGAGGAGUGCAAGACACAGAUCAUUCAUUGUGAUAUAAAUCCUCAAAACAUACUCAUGGAUGAGCAUAGGUGUGCAAAAUUUUUUGACUUUGGACUGGCAAAGCUCUUAAAGAAAGAUCAGACAAAUACCUAUACAGGGAUUAGAGGAACUCUGGGUGACGUGGCCCCUGAGUGGAACAGGAAAUUGUCUGUGACAAUUAAAGCAGAUGUUUACAGCUUUGGAAUUGUGUUACUAGAGAUCAUAUGUGGUAGAAAAAGUGUCGAUUGGAGCCUCUCCGAGGAUGAAGCUAUUCUUGAAGAAUGGGUUUAA